GGUGGUGGUGGGUGGGGUGGGGGGUGGUCGGCCAGCACGAGCCAGCGACGGCAGCGCGGCGCGCGCAGCCGCCUUAUUUAUUCCGAUGUCGAGUUCGGGAGCGCUCAGCACCUACUACGUGCACUCGCUCAUCAGCGGCGAUGCCGACGGGAUGAUGAGCGCGGCCGCCGCGGCUGCGGCAGCGGCGGCGGCGCGAUACCCGGGAGGUGCGCACCACCACUCGCAGGCAGCGCGGCCCGCGGCCCCCGUGCAGCUGCCCGAGCACCCCGACUUCCCGUCGUGCAGCUUCCAGCCAAAGGGCUCCGUGUUCGCCUCGCCGUCCGCCUGGGCGCCCAUCCCUACGCAGCCGCCACCCGGCGGGGUCUUUCACCCGCACGCGGCCUACGUGGGGCAGCCGCACCUCGCCGACGAGGGUAGCCGCUACGUGCGCUCUUGGUUGGAGCCCGUGGGAUUCUCGGGAUUCGGUGGCGGCGGCGGCGGCAGCGGCGGUGUUGGUGGUGGGGCCAGGCCCUAUGACUACAAACCGGAGCCUCUGCAGCAGCAGCAACAGCAGCAGCAGCAGGCGGUGAAGCGACGCGACGUGACGGCGGGAGUGGUGGCCUACGAGACGUCUCCAGGCGCCACCGUGGCCCCGUUGCUCGGCGGGGACUUCCCGCUGGAGGCGCCGAGCGAGAAGUUGGCCGACGUCUCCCCGUACCCGUGCACGGACGACGCGGACGUGAACUCGGAGAAGAGCGACGACAAGCCGACCAUCGACCCGAACAACCCCACGGCCAACUGGAUCCACGCACGACCCUCUCGCAAGAAGCGCUGCCCCUACACCAAGUUCCAGACGCUGGAGCUCGAGAAGGAGUUCCUCUUCAACAUGUACCUCACGCGGGACCGGCGCUACGAGGUAGCUCGCGUGCUCAGCCUCACCGAGCGCCAGGUGAAGAUCUGGUUCCAGAACCGGCGCAUGAAGAUGAAAAAGAUGAACAAGGACAGAAACAAAGAUCCGCAGUGAGGUCGUCUGAAGCGCCGUGUUUGUAGAGAAGCGCCCGGAAGCGCGAGACGAGACGGAUUGGUGUUGACGAUGGUGGUGGUUGGUGUUGGUGGCGGUGGGUGGUUGUUGUUGGUGGCGGUGGUGGUGGUGGUGGUGGUGAAGACGACGACAGUCAACAACUUUCAAAUGUGAACAACAGCAAUUGAUACAACUCCCCGAUGAAUGCAAUGGAAGUGCGCGUUCGACUUUGCAUCGUACAUUAAAACAAAAGAAAGGAAACUAUACACUGAUAAUGAAGGUCUCACAUUAUAUAUAGUAUAUAUAUUAAUAAAUACACCAUGCCGGAGUGCAGCUAUUUUUCAGAACGGUUGUACCUUGCACAAAUCGGUAAUAUCUUUAUUAAGGUUUAGGCAUUGCGGUUAAGCUGUUCGGAAUUGCAACUAUUUAAUCAAUGGCUCUUCCCCUUUUCAUUGCUAAAGAAGAGAGGUUUAUGUAGCUCAAGACGCGUGCAGUCCCAACUACCUGGGAAGCAAUUCCAAUAAUUACGUUUCAUUAUUUUGGAAUAAGUACAAUUGUUUUGGACGGCAGACUGAAAAAGGAAGGUUACCGUUGCGUGUUUAUUAUUAUAUCAUAAUUAUUAUAGAGCACUGUUGUAUUAAUUACAUUUAACCGAUGUACAUUUAUUUAAACCGUUUACAAAACAAACAAAAAAAAUCUAAGUAAUUUUAUAUAAUAAUUAUAUAUUAAAAUAAUUAAAUAAAAAGGGGAGGAGUUAUUCACACGAUAUUUGGGCUACCUAUAUAUAAGAAGCUGACACUUUGUAAAUGUAGAAAUGCGCGCAAAUUUAAACAAAAAUUACAACAACAAAAAAGAGUUCCUUUUAUUUAAGAGACUUUAAAAAAAAAUAAUGUACACGUGGUUUCCCGAACGCGACUGUACAGUGUUACACCCGGCCCUCAUCGCUGCCGCCCGCGUACUUGAAAAUCGUGUUUUGUGACUGCUGUGUGAUGUCAGGAUUUAUACUCGAUACUUAAUCUGGGUCGCGACGUUAUAUAUAUGUGUAGAUGUGUGCGUGUGUGUACGUAGCGUUAUAUCCAGCAACUCGCCAUCCUCCCCCUCCCUACCUUGCCUUUUGGAAUGAAAAAAACAACCAACCCCUACUUGACUGCUCAUUGCUCGCCCCUGCGGGUUUGUUCAUUGGUUGCUUGCGGUGCAUGCAGUUGGUCGGUCUCUAGACACGAGAGAGAAAGAGAGAGACACACAGAGCACGUCGGAGCCAAUUUGAACGCAUGUCCGACAGGGUUGCAAGCAAAUCUCGCUCUCUCUCUCUCUCUCGGUGUUCUCCUCUCAUGUUGUUCGCUCGUCGUGGUCGCUGUAUGUAUGUGUGUAUGUAUAUAUAUUCGCAGUACUGUGACUAUUGCCUUCCUGGUAUGGUAAAGUUUUUAUUGUAAAAUAUAUUAUAUUAAUAUUUACCCGUGGCCCCCCUAUCUCUCACCCCGCCCGCCCGCCCCACCCGCCAACCACACCCCCCCCCUCUCCCCGUUAUGUUGUGUAAAUAAAGGUAAUGAAAAUAAAGGACAAUGACACUUCAGGUGUGAGCGUUGUCAAGGGGUGUGCUGAUGAUCGCCUGUCUAAUCAACUCACAGCGGCGCGCGCCCGUACUGAUUGUGUAUUGCUUGAUAUCCCGUGUGGCCUUCGGCAAAGUGUCGGGGCAAGUGCUGUUGGCGAGCAACCCAUGGAAAACAAUCACGCGCAGACACACAAUCGGAUAUGCACGUAGACACACAAUCGUAUCAACACAAAUGCGACCACAUACACAAUCGCAUAGACAGAUAUAGAUAAUCACAGACACACAUAAUCAUACACACUGCACGAACAUACAUCCAAACACACAAUCGCGUACACAAAGACACUGUCCAUCAUCAUGCAAACAGACACACUAUAAUAUACACACACAAAGACAUCACAUGUGCAGACACGCAUGCACAAGCGCAGAAAAAAGAUAUCCCGUAUAACCUUAACAGACUGUUGGGGCAAGUGCACACAGAUACAUACAUACAGACACACACAAUCACAUAGACACACACCCACAAUCAAAUACACACAAACACGCAAUCACACAGGCUACACGCAAUUACAUGCAUACACAAAAAUACAUAAUUUAUAGAUAUAUUUUUGGGGCUAAGUGCUGUUAGCGAGUAUCUAUUAAGGCGCGUACGCCACGCGAGUCAGGGGGCUGGUGGAGUACUACGCCCGGCCGCCUUUGUCUCUUCCAGGAACUCGUUUCAGUGUCGUGCCUACCGAGCAGAGGCCCGGGACCGGUUCAGAUAUCACGCGGCAAAGAUGUUAUUUCAACAUAGAUGGUAACACAGACAAACACAGCAUGCAUACAAACACGCGCAUACAUAAACACCAACAAUAUAUACACACACACGAGCAAACACGCACAUAAACACAGGCCACAAAGGACAUACCCCCCAUAUAGCCUUAACAUAACUCGUGCAGAAAGCGUUGUUAGCGAGAACCCACAGACACAAAAACGACACGAAUACACAGACACAUGCAACGUCCACCCCUUGCGGCACAGACUGAAACACGCGUUACAUAAUGUUAAUAUCAUGGUAAGUAAAAACUGCGUCUGAAGGUAUCCGAUAAUAAUGAACAGCAACACCAUAUGUCAAUAGCGUUUGCUUUCGAACGCUUUGAAUGUCGCCAUGAAUUCAUUUGCAUUAAAUACGGUGAUUGCGAAAUCCAAACCAGUCCUACACAUGGGCAGACACGGCUAAAGAAACCGUGUACUGUAUAGUAGCAGCAUUGUUCCGCGGUGCAUUGCCAGAUGUAUGACACGCAGCCAGGGUGUAUAUAUGGCUGCAACUUAUUUCAUUCGUGACGUGGGCUGUGUGCGUCUUCAUAGGUGCUCGCUAACGGCGCUUGCUCCUUACCGUGUGGCCGUGCUCCCCGUGAAUCGCGUCGGUCGCCGCGGUGUUUCAACACAACGAUUUGGGGGCAACGUUUUUAAUCCGAACGUCGCUCCUCCGUAUGAAGCGCGUUUGAUGCAGCACGCGCCUAAAACCAUCGCAAAGUUGAAUUCGAUUCAAAGUUUAGUCAAUUGUCGCGAGUUUAUUAUCAGUGGGUGGCGAAUGUGUACAUUCAAUUAAAAGUAAAGUACAGAUAUACACGAUACGUGUGAGAUAUAACCUAAUAAAAAUGUAAAGACAGCUCGCAUAAUGUUAUAUAAAGGCAUCCCGUGAGGCUUUCCUAGAAAAAAAAUAAUAGCACACUCACCAUCAAGUAUAUGCCAUCGAUAUUAUAAUAUACAAUGCAUUGUUGAUAAUAUAACAUAAACUAAUUCUCACGAACACGAUGAUUAUGGCACGAUACGCAGAUAUUCUUCAAACUACGCAAUUUUUAAUGGACACAAAGCGCUUCAAAUAUACUGCUACCAACUACAACAUUCAACAUUGGGUAUGUUUAUCCAUAACAAUAAUCGUCAAACAUUCAUCAUCAAACGAUAACUGCGAAUUACUUCGACAUAAUUCUCAAAAUAUAGGGCAGCAAAGUUAGAGUUUUAUUGACGAGUCCAUAAAUCAAUAAAUAUACAAAUACAUAAAGGCAAAGAUCCCCCUUAUAAGCCUUCACGGACUUUUGAGACGAGUUCUGUUCGCGAGCAGCACAAAUGAAGACCAGCACGGUACUCGAGAUGAUGGGUACACACGCUCACAUGAUGCCUCUCUGUCUAUGGAGUGGUGAAGUGUACAGUAUAUACAUCUGAGGCUUCGCUCACUUAAAGCCAAUUUGGCGCACGGUUCGCAAGGAACAGAUCCGAACAUUGUUGCCGCUUUAAAAGUUUGCGUGUGUGCGCGUGUGUGCGCGUGUGUUGCCUGUCCCGUCAAGUCUGUCCCGUCCUGGUUGCUGGCCACCCACCCCCUCGUGUG